AUGAUGGUGAACGGCUCCCGCCUGGUGCAGCUCCGGGUGAGGGCCGCCAACGGGGACGCGGCCCAGAAUCGCACGUACCAGCUGUCUGCCUUCCGGGCGCCCUGCCCUCUUGCGCAGCCCUUCUACGCGCCGGACGUGCGGCUCUGCGCGAUGACCUGCAACGACGGGUACUUCCCACGGGAAGCGACCAGCCGCUGUGAGAUGUGUUCAGAGCACUGCGUGCGCUGCAGGAGCUGGGACCUGUGCGAGGUGUGCGAGGCCUCGCAGUGGCAGGCGCUGCACUUCCUGCGCCUCGCGGAUGGCCGCUGCCAGCUGCUUCGCAUUCCCUGGCGCCUGCUGCUGCUAGGUGGCUGCGCUGCGAUCGGGGUGGUGUCCCUGUGCUUCUGCUUCCUCUUCGCCUGCUGCUGGGGCAGUACAAGCCGGCCAAAGCGACGGAAGCCGGUUCAGGACCUAGAGCAAGAGGAGCAGAGCCAGCGUCUGCUGGGGAUCAGCGGCUCCGAUGAGGACUGA